CUCCCUCCGCCAGCUCGCCACCGCCGCCGGCCAUCAAAAUCCCCCUCUUUUCUUCUCGCUCCAUUCCCGCCGCCGCCGGUAACGCCCUCCGCCGUACCCGGCCGCGGGGUGGGCGGCCUCCUCCUCGCGUGCGCUUCCGGGCGACGCGGCGCCGACCUGCUCCUCCGCCGCCGCCUGACUCCGUCUCGGUUGGAAUCGGAUCAAAGAUGAACGGAAUCGAGGGGAUGAUGUUGGAUGGGCUGUAGUUGAGUAGCACAAGAGAGGUGAACAGCGGCGGCGAGUCUGCGGGUGUGUUCUCGCCAUGUCUCGGUCACCACAUCUCCCACCCCGCUACCCGCCCCUGGGUCCGCAAAUCACGAGAAGAGAUGACAGCUUAUUCACGCAGAGCUGCAGGUUUCCGUCAGAGGAUCCAUUCGUUGGUGAGCCGCCGUGUUGGCUCGAUGAUCUCCUCGCAGACUCUGGGAAAAGCCACAACCUUCCUCCUCUCAGGAGAGCUUGCAGCGAUUCUGAUGCUAUCUUGGAUGUGCUGACAACGUUCCAAAGCCCAACUUACUCAAUUGAGGAAGGGAAUCUGCAGCCGCUUGGUGAAGCUGGGGAGUCGUUCGAUGCUGUAGUGGAAGGGGGUGGAAAUGCUGCUGGCAUUGAAGGUAGCUGUGUCUAUGGGCCAAAUUCACCGAGACAGAAGACUAGGCUGACCAGCUCAGAGAGUUCCAUGGUUAACGCUGUCCUCGAGAAUGUGCCUAGCAACCCCUUGCAGUACCUGAUGAUUGAUGCAACAAAUGGUGCGAAUUGUAAUGUGGGUGCAACCAAUGGAACUGGAGACACUGGUGAUGCUGCAUGCCAUACUGAUCAAGAGAAGUCACUUAAAAGGCGCUCAGGUCAAAGAUCUAGGGUCAGGAAACUUCAAUACAUUGCUGAUCUUGAAAGGACUGUUGACUCACUUCAGAACAUAGGGGCUGAUUUGGCUGUAAGGGUGGCAUCUCUUUUCCAGCUUCGUAAUGCUUUAUCAAUGGAAAACAAACAACUGAGGAGGCAGAUCACUAGUCUUCAGCAAGAAAAACUAGUUAAAGAUGGCCAAACGCAGAUGCUGAAGAAGGAAACCGAGAGGCUGAAGCAGGUCUCGGCGCGCCACCGCAGGAGCAGGAGCGUCGCCUCCUGCUUCGAGGCCAACUCCUCCUUCGGAGCAGCUGACCCAUCCGCGAUCAGCUGGCAGAUGCUCGACGACAUGUCAAGGCUCAGCUUGAACGGCAGCGCUGCACCUCCCAGAGGCGGCUAUGGCAUCUGACCAACCAACGAAAAAAAAAA